CUUUCUCCCUCAUCGGGCGUGACACCGCUACAGUACAGUCCUCACCGCUCUCUUCUUUCUCGCGGUUUCUAGAUCGUUCGAGACAUGAUGCGGAAGAAGCCGAAGGCCGUGCCGGAGUGGCUCAACAGCCCCCUCUGGUCAACCUUGCCGCCGGCCCCGGCCACGGCCGACCCCUUCGGCGCCGAGUUCUCCCCGCCGCGUCCGCUAACCCCCAAGCCGUUAUCUUUCGUCCCGCCGCCGCCGUCGUACGAGCAGGCGGUGGGCUCCUAUGCUGGUGGUGGUGAGGGGCGAGGGGAGGAGGACGCCACUGGUGCAGCUCUCCGGGCGCACUUACUCGCCGACUUCAAGACCGCGCUGUCGAAGAAGGUCAUAAGCAUGGGGGAGCUGCGGAGGCUGGCCUGCCUCGGUGUGCCGGACGGUGGCGCCGACGUGCGACCGCUUUUGUGGAAGCUUCUCUUGGGAUAUUUGCCAACUGAACGCGCUUUAUGGCCUUAUGAACUGGAAAAGAAACGGAGUCAGUACAGUGCAUAUAGAGACGAGUUUCUUCUCAAUCCUUCAGAAAAAAUACGUAGAAUCGAGGACUCAAAGCUGCCGAGGAAGAAAGAAUUAAAUGUGGUGAGAAGUGGCUUGCUACCAAGAUCGCAAGUUAUUAAUGAAGAGCACCCUUUGAGCUUUGGUAAAUCUAGCUUGUGGAACAAAUACUUCCAGGAAUCAGAGAUCCUAGAGCAGAUAGACCGAGAUGUGAAGCGAACGCAUCCUGAUAUGCCCUUUUUUUCUGCCAAGUCUAACCAGGAAUCUCUAAGGCGUAUUCUCAUUGUGUUUUCAAGAUUAAACCCUAGCGUAUUAUAUGUGCAAGGAAUGAAUGAAGUUCUGGCACCUCUAUUUUAUGUAUUGAAGAACGACCCUGACGCAAGUAACUCGGCUUCAGCUGAAGCGGACACUUUCUUUUGCUUUGCUGAGUUGGUUAGUGGCUUUAAAAACAACUACUGCAAACACCUUGACAACAGCCAGGUGGGUAUUCGGUCUACACUCUCAAAAUUGUCUCAACUCUUGAAGAAACAUGAUGAAGAGCUAUGGCGUCAUAUGGAGGUCAUUACAAAGGUGUAUCCACAAUAUUAUGCAUUCAGAUGGAUAACGUUAUUGUUGACAAUGGAGUUCAGCUUCAAUGUGUGUAUUCACAUCUGGGAUGCUAUCUUGGCUGAUCCAGAAGGACCUCCAGACACCUUGCUGAGAAUAUGCUGUGCAAUGCUCAUCCUGGUCCGGAAGCGCCUCCUUGUCGGAGACUUCACUGCAAAUAUCCAGCUGCUGCAACACUACCCGCUAACAAACGUUGAUCAUCUCCUCCAUAUCGCUAACCGAUUGAGAGGAACCGUAGCCAGCUAGGGGAUUUGAUCUUUUUGCUAUAUGUCGGUGCCUCAAAUGUUAUUUAUCCAUAUGGUGUUGGCCUGGCCGCAUCGUGAAGCAUGAACGGAAGUAGCUUGAACAGGUUGUUCUCGUGCUGUGUUCUGUUUUGGGGUUGGUCAGAAAUGUGGUUGUAUACGAGGCCUUGAAGGCGUUGUUGUCUUGUUGACCCUAGGUAAGUAGUGCUUGAAAAAUGGCUUUUAGUGUUAAUUUUAUUGGAUAUGGAACAUUGAGGGAUGAGGAUGCGAGCAAUGACUAUACUUGUUUUUUUUUUCUAAAUAACUUUUUUUGGCUCUGCAA